CUUCAGGGAUGGGUGAAAGUGAUGGAAUGGGUCUUAGGACUGGCACCUACAGGAGUUUCUGCCCUGGCACCGGUGAUGCCCAUGGCUUGUUCCUACUUUGUCAGGCUGGGGAUUUACAUGGCUGGCCUUGCAGAUGCCCAUUCAGGGAAUCCAUGUGUUUGAUCCAUGCAGGAUGGUGAAUUUCCAUUCCCAAUGGUCCAUGGCUGAUGUAUAGCUUAGAUUUCCUUGGGGACCUCAUGGUGGUGGUGAUGCUGUGCCAUCCCCAGAACAGCCAUGGCCUCAGCCUUUUACCACCAACCCUUGUGCAUCUCAUUGUCCAACCUCUUUGCAGAGACAACUGCCAUGGGUGUGACAGCAGCCACGUCCCCAUCUCCCCCCACCUCCUCAAUAUCUAUGGAGACCUCUGCACAGCUGCCCACCACUGACUCCACCACUGCAGCCACCCUCUCUCCCUCCAGCCCUGAAACAGAAGCUUCCACCCCAGAGAGGUCCAGCACAUCCCCAGGGACUGGCAGCACCCCAACUCCCACCAUGCCUCCUCCCACCACAACAACAGCUACGUCAUCUGAGCCCUUGACAACCCUGGCAAACACCACGGCCAGCCCUGUUAUCAGCAUGGAGGUCCCCCUGAGCACCCCCUCUCCCAGCCACCCGGCCAGGACCACAUCCAGGACUACCCCUGUCAUCUUCCCCCCAACUAUGGAGUCGACUCCAGGCAUUGAGUUCUCUUUCCCCACCACGAACUCGACCCAGACCUCAGAGGUUACCCACAGCACCUCUGCAGACCUGCCAAUGCCGCCGCCCGUCUGCCCCACUGGCUCGUCCAACACCAGUGCAUCUCGCCUCUUCCUGUCUCUGCGGCUAAGCACCCCCCUGGACCUGGGGAACAGCACGGUGCAGGAGCUGGUGUUGUCCAAGCUCCGCGAGAACCUUCAGACGGCAUUCCCGUGCGCUGGCCUGUCGUUGGAAUGGCGAGGGAAGAGGAGCCCCUGACCACUGCCCCUCGCCCUGCCAGCUCCCACAUGUACUGGCAAGCCAUCUGCUCCUGGCUCCUUACUCCAUGGCAGUGCAGCCCCUUGGGGUAACCUGCACAGCUCCUCUUGAACUUGGGGCUCCCCAUCCUUCCCUGUGUAUCCCCGGUGCCCCCUGUGGGCUGCAGUGCCCCUGCCCCUUCCCACAGCCUGUCUGUAAAGGCCAAGACCUCCCACCACCCUGCUCCAGAGCUGGCUCCUGUGGUGUGACCCCUUCCAGCACUGCCAGGGGGCUGGAAGGAGAGGACCCUGUGGGACUGGGCUUUUACAGCUGGGACUGUGCUGGCUCAGCCAUCAAAGCCACCCUGGGGACUGAUGGAUGAGAGGAAGGAGACCUGGAACCCCCAGUACUGCUGUGCCCAAGGCUCACCCGUGGUAUUGCUGACAGAGGAGCACGCCCAUGCCAACACGGGCCGGGCAGUAAAUAGAAACUCCAUGCUUUCUGUGUUGAA